AUGGUGGGCUUAGAAAACUUCGAGCUGGCUGGCAUCAAGACCUAUACGAGAUUCUGGGGCCUCCUUAUGUUCGGAUCGUAUUCCGUGAUCAACGUCAUAGUAUUGCUGAACCUCCUCAUUGCAAUGAUGUCCAACUCCUACGCUAUGAUUGACGAACAUUCCGACGUGGAAUGGAAAUUCGCCCGUACAAGGCUGUGGAUGAGAUACUUUGAGGAGGGCGCGACCUUGCCACCACCCUUUAACAUUUUACCCACACCAAAGCUGUUCUGCAAGCUAUUCGGAAUGAGGAAGAAGGACAAGAUGAGGAAAAUGAAACUUAAGGAGCAAAAGGAGAAAGAAAAUGAUGUGAGAUAUGCAGCAGUAAUGAGGGCGUUGGUCUGGAGAUACGUGUCAGCUAAGCACAGAAAAUUAGACGAGGAACCUGUCACGGAGGAUGAUAUAAACGAGCUUAAGGGUGACGUGUCAGCUUUGAGAUAUGAACUCCUAGAGGUGUUCGAGAAGAACGGAAUGGAUGUAUCCUUCACUGACAGGAAAGAAAAAACGGUUCUAGCGAAGCGCAUGAAGAUCUGGGAACGGCGUCUGAUGAAAGAUUUCCAAGUCGCCCCAGUGCCGCCUGUGGAAGAUGACGAGAGACCGGAAAAUGAGACUGGGUUAUCCAGAUUCAGAAGGAUAGCCAGGAUGGCGGUUGCGUCUACAACUAAUUCUAUGUGGGAUAAAACCCUAGCUGGCGCUGGUAUUUCGACUCAAAUCGGCCGCUGUCGUACCAGAGAAUCAUUCAAGAAUCAGCAGAACUUACAGAAAGCCAUGGAUGAAGCUAGGAAACUUGUGUUGCGUUCACCACUGCCUGAGGGAUCCCGAGGUCACUCUCCCAUAGAGAUGCCAUUGGCUCCCGGACACACGCUACUGGAGCUUAUCAAAGAUAUAUCGACGGAGAUAGGUCUGCCUCCUGGAAACUCUACGCCCCGGUCGAAAUCUCCUUGGAAAGGUGAAGGUGAAAAUUAUGGUCCUUCGAGCGGGGGACUGCUGACCCCAAACUUUGUACCUAGCCGAGCUGCGUCUCCUGUUUCACGAAUCCCAAGUCCUCUUCCAAGUGGAAACCCAUCGCCCAUACCUUCACUGGAGCCCCCUGCGAGACCUUUAUCUCCAGCUUGUGAGAUAGAGAAACCGACUACAAAAAACAACACAAGUCCAUUUAAAACAUCCAUGAGGUCCCAUAGUGAUUUGACGCAAAAAACCCCAAGAAAAAAAGCUCCCGAGAAACCAAAUCUAUCAGAUGAGCAGGGAGAAUUAGAUUCCAAAGAAAUAACUCCUUUGGCGGUAGCAAGACCUGUGGCUCUUGAAAUCAAACCAGCCGAGGGAGCACUGCCUCCACCACCUGCUAAGCCGAAGGCCCCUAUUGCACCAGUGAUGGAAAUAACACCUAGUUCGCCUUAUAUACGAUCGGGUGGACCCUCGACGCCAAAGAUUACGUCAUCAACUGCCAAAGUUGUGCUUAGAUCCCGGCCUUCAUCUAGACCUUCGUCGCCGCAACCAAAGUGCACAACGCCUUGCCCCAAAUCACCUCCAUCGCCACCAGCACGCUCCAUGUCGACGUCCAGUACGGAACAGCUGAUUCUAUCACCGGGCCCUAAAACACUUCGACCCAUCAAUAAAAUAGAUGAAGUUAAUACUAUAAAACGUCAAACUAAAACUGGAUGGCUU